CAAUUUCUCGUUCAAUGAAGUCCACGUCAAAGGUGCAGAAAGGAUUGCCCGCAUUGCUAGAGAGAGCGGUGUGCAAAAGCUCAUCCACUUCUCUGCUCUCAAUGUCAUGGAAAAUCCCAAGCCCAUCAUAAAGUUCGGAGGGUCAAAAUUCUUGGCCAGCAAGUGGCUUGGAGAGCAGGUGGUUAGGGAGGCAUUUCCUGGAGCCAUAAUUUUCCGUCCUGCAGACAUGUAUUCCCACGGGGAUCACUUCCUGAGUUACUAUGUCUCCAAUUUGCGCAGGAACUUGACAUACGUGCCUGUGUGGAACAAAGGCAAGGGGAUCGUCAAGCAGCCUGUCUACACCGGCAAUGUGGCUGCAGGUGUGGUCAAUGCUAUCUUUGAGCAGGGCAAUGAAGGCGAGAUUUACCAGGCUGUUGGGUGAGCACUGCUUCUUGCAUGGCAUCAUUGUGU